AUGGAGGUGGCCCCAGCAGGUGGCGUGGUAGUAGGUGCAGGUGGCCAGGUGGAGGCAGCUGGCACCCAUCACGAGGAACAGUCCGCCGCGCCGUCAGAUGACCUCGGUUUCAUGCAGGACAUUGGCUUCGGGCAGUUCUUCACCGACGUCGGUCUGCAGACGAGCGCCUCCGAAGGCCUCGCGGCUCACCCGGGGCAGUUCGCGCAGGGCUUCGCGGGCGCGGGAGGGAUCGGGCACCUCGCCGGGCCUCACUUCGGGCUGGGCGUGGCCUCUUCGCAGCAGCAGCCGCACGCCCACGGAGGGAAGGGAUCGGAGGACUCGUCUGCGCAGGGGUUCAUUCCCGACAACCCUCUCUCCCUCGGCCAGCACUCCGGCCCCUCCCAGCCUCCAGGAGACUUCAAGCCCGUCCACCAAGCGUCCCAGGCUUCCCGUCCCCGCGAAGCCUCCGACGAAACCCCUCCGUCGCCCCGCCUUAAGAAACCCUCCAGCCCCAAGUACCAGGAAAUAAGACCCUCCCAGCCGGAGUAUCACGAAGGGCGACCUUCCUACGACGAGUACGAGGAGCGCCGCCCUUAUGGCGCCGGGAGCCACUCCCCGAGGGACGAGGAGUAUCGGCAGCAGGGCGAGGAGCAGGAAGAGAGGGAGGACGACUACUCAUACGCGCCGACGCACCAGGAGGAGAGACGACCUCGCCCUUCCUACGACGACUCGGGGGAUCACAGCUACGACUCGUCCCGCGCCCACGGAGAGCGGCGACGACCCCAGUACGACCACAGACACGUCGACGGCGACCACGACGACCGCCGAUACCACAGAUAUUCCCCGAGGCAGGACGACCACAGAUCGGAGUCGAGGCCGGCCGCCCAGUACAAGGGGGACGAGGAGGGCGCCGGGAAGUGCAAGGAGGUCGAGAAGGACGGGAUGACGUGCGAGAUCUGCGAAGACGACGAGGGCGGCUACUCCGAACACUGCUCCCACAGCACACGCCGGGGCAAGGACAGUCUCUACUCCAACAGCAGACAGGGCGCCUUCAAGGAGAGGGGCCCCGACGUCUAUCCUCCUAGCCACGGACGCCACAGGGAGAGGGGACGCGACGCCUACGCCCCGAGCCACGGACGAUCAACGAAGACGGAAGCUGAGCGAAGGAUCGACGUUAUUUACGCCCCGCCCACUUACGCUGAGGAUUUCGGAAAGGAGAAGGAACACGAUCCUUUCCCUGAAGACUCCAAGUACGACCCCUACUCCUUCUCCGACGUCCUCCCGGCCGAGUCCAAGUACGACAGCUACGACUCCCCGGCCGUUGAGCUUGGCCACGACGACCCAGACGACUUUGGCCAUGUGGACAAGGACGACUACUUUGGCCAUGUGGAAGACGACGACGACGACUACUUCGGCCCCGUAAAAAGCGACGACUUUGGCCUCAGAAACGACCAUGGCGACGGCUACGACCUCGGCCGCCCGGAGAAGGAGGAACCGAAGAAGUCAGACUCGCACAAGAAACCUGUUUACGUCGAGCUCGAGUCCUUUGAGCCUCUGGACCACGAAGAUAACGUUACCGAGCUGUCCAAGAUAAUGAAAGACUUCAACAAGAAGAGCCGAGCGUCUUGUAAGAAGGUGAGCAACGCGUGUCUGGAAUAA